AUGGUGUCCAAAUCUCAGCACAAUGGCGUUUCAUUCUUGGCCUACCGCAACGGACAGACUGUACUCCCACUGGUGCACUAUACGCGGCUUACGCACCCUGUUGGUGACCAGCCUGCGCUGUUAGGUUUUCAGGGUAUCCCUGUGGACCGUGUCGCCAAGGUGAAUACCCCAGCAGCUUUUCAUGAUCGUGAGCGCGAACCUACUCCCAGUGUUAUAGAAGCAGCUGAAGCGUUAGCAUGGGAGGCCAAUCGUCUUCACCUCUCGCAAUCUGCGUAUCGUGUGGACGAUGGAACCGUGCCUGAUGCUUACUUUCGCACACUCAUAGCAGCAAGGCGGACUUUCCAAACUCGUGAGCACUACGAGAGAACGAAAGGUUGCCUCGAGCAGCUGCCAGGCGAACGGCCUGAGGCAAACUCACCUAAACACGCCGGCGCCGAUAGUUACUACGAAGCGAUAGAUCUUGUUUGCCGUGAAGUCGGGGCGUCUCCUCUCAUCAAAGUCACCAUUGGGGAAUCGUAUAUCGAAGACAUUCUGUACGGUGAAUCGUUCAAGCAGCCGCCACUCAAUGACGAGCUUUCUCAGUCGAAUGAGGGUGCCAUAUGCACAGCGAAAGAGAAGCAACCGGAGACCGCGGUCGAAGGAAUCGCGCAAACAUGUCCAGCAGAAAACAUCCUCUAA